UUUUACAAAACGUUGAAGACACUUUCUUCCAACACCUAACAUCUAUUUAUCAUCUCAGUAACACAACAACACUUUACUGGCGCUGACGGAGUCGCUACCGUCACGGCACAAAUAGACGCGCAAGCUUUUUUUGUGGGCUGGCGAGAUGGGAAUAUGGAGAUCGCGGGCGAGCGUGAUGCCAGUCGGCUCUCAGACGGGGCGCGCUGGCAGGGAUGGGAUCGCUGCGUCAGGUGGAGGUGGCGUCCUUGGGGUGUCUCCGGGUUGUCGAGGUUGUUGAGUCUGUCUUGCGCGCUCACUCGCUGUUUGCUGGAUGAAGCGGUGGUCACCGCCUUUCGGUCACACAGUGAAGCACUAGAGCAGACAAGCGUUGCGCUAUUGGCUGCCGCACCUUUUGGCAGGAUGGCCUCGGGUGAUGAAGGUUCCACCUACCGUAGAACGGUGAGCGGCAAGAGGCAGCGUUGAGACGCAGGCAAAAAAAAAAAACGGUGGCGUGAAGCAGAGCUGGCAAGGAGCCCUGGAGAGCAUAGAGUGCAAUGAUCUUUCUCAGUACCACGGUCGUUCCAUGACAGCAAUACGUAUAGGGAAGGCUGUUUACAUGGCGUUGCAUGCAUUCAUAGAAGCAGAGUUACAUCCUGCAACCUUCUGGUUUGGUGUCACCAAACCAGACGUACCACACCUGUUUAUAUCUGCCUUGUUGUGAGUGGAAUCCGCCAACACCCUGUUAAUGAGACUCACGGUAUGACUGACAGCCCAUAAACCAGAUGCGCUCUCCACCAAAGCAUGAAAGUCAAAGAACGGGUUGUCUAGUAAACCACCCCUGUAACCUUGGAUCAUGAAGGAGGAAGUAAAAAAAUUGGGAAAGUCCUGCAUUCAAAAACCAAUGGCCGUUUUAAUAUUGCUUUCCAUCUUCAAUGCACUUCUCCUGUUUCAAUACUGGAAAACAUCAAAGGAUCAAAAGUAUUCACAUCCACCACCAAAGUCCAACCAGCAGAACAAUACUGGAUUUGUAUCCCAAGGACAAUAUAACUAUAAAUCGACAGUAGAAGGUGACAUUUGUAAAUUCCAACCCUCCUCCCCACAAGAACUUAUUGAAGAACAGAACAUAUUCAGCUCAAUAGCUUGGCCCCAAACACCACCCCUGCUGGGUAACAAGUCCACCAACGCCCGUGGCAGUAGCUUUACUCUUCACAGAGGCACUGGAGGGCAACAGUGGCAUGUUGGCGAUGAACUGAGAGUAACUAUUACCAUGAAGGACUUCCUGGGCAAACCAAAGAAGACUGGAGGAGAUGUCCUAGUUGCCCGAGUCCACAACUCAGUUCUUCAGGCUGGUGUUGCAGGGCAAGUUAUCGACCAUGAAAACGGCUCCUACACAGCCACAUUUCCUUUACUCUGGACUGGAAAAGCAACCAUCGAGGUGACUCUUCUUCAUCCCAGUGAGGCCGUCACAGUAAUAAGAAGACUGAACAAAGACAAUCCAGACAGAGUUUACUUUAAAAGUGUUUUCCGCCUAAAUUCCAUCUCUGAAACCAUGAACUGUAAUUUCUGCCUGCGACCCACCAACCUGCCAGUGUGUGACUUCACCGACCUGCGCACAGGGGAACCAUGGUUCUGCUUCAAGCCAAAACAGCUGGGCUGUGAAAGCAGAAUCAGCCAUUCUAAGGGAGGAUAUCAUAAAAAAAUAUUCCCUAAACCUGGUGAAGAAAAGAUUUUUCAAAAGGGUGUCAACAUGAAAGUGAAACUGAGAUCUGAAGGACCAGCGUUUGUGAACGUGCUGCCACGGUGGACUGCAUCAUCAGGUUCAGAGAGGAACAGAACCGUAGAGAACUUGGGACAUUCUGGAUAUUACUACCGUGGAGAGUGGCAGGCCCUGGAUGGGACCAGAGUUCAGCAUUUUCAAAAGCCUGCUGCCAUGAGUAAAUGUCUCCAAGGAAAGAAGAUCUACAUGUUUGGAGACUCCACUGUCAGACAGUGGUAUGAAUACCUUGUUGAAAAACUGCCAGGUCUGGUGAAUUUUGAUUUCCACAAUGGCCCAAAGACCGGACCGUACAUGGCGACCGACAUUGCAAACAACAUCUUCAUGCUCUACCAGGUCCAUGGUCUGCCCAUACGUAUACGACCCAUCUCAGUCAGCAAGGUUCGAUACGUUGCCAAUGAGCUGAACUCCAUCGAGGGCGGAGCAAACACCGUUGUAAUUUUGGGCAUCUGGGCUCACUUUGGUUCAUUACCCGAAAAGUUUUACCUCAGGAGACUGCAGCGCAUCCGCAACGCUGUUGUGCAAUUGUUGAUCAGGUCUCCAGGCACACUGGUUAUUAUUCGCACUGGAAACAUCAAAGACCUGUCUGCUUCUAGAGCAGUAUUCAACAGUGACUGGUCCACCAUGCAGCAGAAUAAGAUACUUCGAGCUGUGUUCCACGGAGUGAAUGUUCGCUGGGUGGAUGCCUGGGAGAUGACAUUGGCACAUGAUGCCAGGUUUCUGCUUCACCCCCUGCCCCCUAUUAUCAAGAACAUGGUGGAUGUGGUCCUGUCCUACAUCUGUCCUCUGAAGGUGGGAAAGGUGCUUGGUGGCAAGAACGCUGUGGCCGUCUCCUGAACACAACUACUUAGAAAUGGAAUCCAAAGGAUUUCCAGAUAUUGGCCACAUUUGAGCAACGUAUUGAUCAACAUUGGCUUCCAUUGCAUUGAAGUGACUAACAGUUACACAACAAGCAUUUGUCACAUGUGACUAAGAGCUGGGAUGAUGGACAGAGAGUGAGAAGGAUGUUGGUGGGAGGAGUAUAUUCUAUAUCAUUUUACAUUUUCAGUGGUUUGACAACAUGGUGACCUCAGUACCAAGCAGGAGAAUCAAAUCACACGACGAUGUCUUUGGCUGCAUCAUUCUGGUUCCUGUGAGACUGAGCUGAAUUAAGUCUUUGAUGGUUUAUUUUACGUCUUGACGCUCAUUUCAAAAUGAUCUUUCUAUGCUUCUAGGUUCAUUUGGAUGGUGUAAUUUGGUUUUGGUUUCAUCUAAUUCAUCAAUAAAGUUUUGUGUGGUGGUGUGAGAAGGUGUCAUCUUCAUCAUUUCCUUGAAGAACCGACCUUUUGUAAUUAUUGUUAUUAUACUGCACUUUUGCCUCCUAUUUUUUUUAAAUUUAUUGAGUACCCUUUUUUUUAAUUUUCAAACAAUUUGAAGUUGUAAGA